AACGUUACCGGAUGGCUCUGAGUGCAAACCGUGAUAUCUAUUGGAAAGCAUCUUGCACUGUUCACAGAGCCCAGCUUUCGUACAAAUACUCGGAAUGAAUUGAUGAAGUCGCGUAGAUAGACAUCAGUAGUACCUUGAGCCUGUAUGCCCAAUGGCCGAUGACGUCGAUGUAUAAUGAGCAUCACACUUAUUCCGUAGUUGAACACCUUAAUAGGGACAACUCAUCCUGCCUUUCAUUGGCUGACAAACCCACCUCAAAGUUCUUCUCGAUAAACAGUCGUUUCACGUAGUCAAGAAUCGAACAAGCGUUCCGGCGAUGUCGACCGAUCAUGAACAGCGUGAGCAGGACCCAGCUGCCCACGAGCAGAUGAUGGACAGCGAGGCGCAUGUCAAGCGUAAUCCGCAUCCUGACUUCAAAAGCGUUGAGGGUUCCCGACCAGGAUGGCGGGAGCAAGAAGGCUGGACUUUCACCAAGACGAGAGAUCCGAACUGGAAACCUGGGCAAGGCGCGAAUGAUGGCGGCGAAUGUCUCAAGCACAACCAUGUAGACAUCGAUCCGUACCAGGACGGCCGGCCAGCAACAUUCAACUACAAGCUACUCAUCUCCGCUAUCAUCCCGCGACCCAUUGGCUUCGUGAGCACACGAUCAAAAGACGGCAGCAGCACCAACUUGGCACCUUUCUCCUACACACAACUCAUCAACCAUGAUCCGCCGAUUUUUGUUAUCGGCUACGCGGGAGGCUUUGACCACGCAAAGGACAGCCUCAAGAACCUGGUUGAUAGCGGCGAAUGCGUGAUCAACAUCAUCUCCGAGCACUUUCUUGAAGCGGCCAACGCGACAUCCGUCAACGCUCCAUACGGCGUCUCCGAAUGGGCAUUGACCGGUCUCACGCCAGCGCCUUGUAAGGAUGUCAAAGCAAGCAGAGUGAAGGAAUCCGUCUUUAGUGUUGAAUGCAAGCUCAUGGAGACGAAAGAGUUUGAGAGUCGAGCAACGCCAGGCAAGAAGACCGGCGUGCUCGCAAUCGUAGAAGGUGUUCGCUUUUGGGCACGCGAAGACGCCAUCAAUGAAGACCGCAAUAUCCUUGACCCUGCUGUCCUCCGCCCAGUGUCCAGACUCGGCGGUAUCACGUACGGUCGGGUGCUCGAAGGAGUCGAACUACCACGUCCAGAAUGGGACGAGCUUAGGAAGGAGGCAGAACCCGCAGGCCUUGCGAAGCCGAAAGCUGAUGGUCAAUGAAUUUCAUCGGUCCUAUGAGGCGCUUCGGUAGGUCAGUGGUCGUACGCUCACCGACUAAUAGAUAUACAUACAUUUCAGUUCCACACCCAAGAAACGCUUCCAAGUAUGCAAGCUCGUCUGCGUGAUCACGCAGAUUCACC